AUGAGUUUUCCCUAUUAGAAUAUUAUUAAGGGUAACCCUAUAAGAACAUUAGUUAGGGUUAUACCACCCUCUAACUUUCAAAGAGAAGAUGUAAAAAUUAUGGCAAAUACAAUAUCGCUCACUGACUCAAAUCAAAGAAUUAUUGAAGAACAUGAUUGCUAAGAAGUUUAUGGGCCUGAAACAGAUGUUUCAACUAUGUUUUAGAAUUUAUUUAGAGGACAUAUUACGCCUUUAGUUAUGGGUUAUAAUAUAACAAUAUUUACUUUUGGUUCUACAGGUUCAGGAAAAUCGGCUACUUUAGAAGGGAAUGCAAGAGAAGCAGGCCUUAUUUUACAAAUGGCAGAUUCAUUAUUUAAUUAAUUAGAAACUCGUAAGCAUCAUUCAAGCAAGUUAAAUUAAGGAAAUUUUUAAAACUACUCUUAUGGAGUACGUGUCCGCUAUGUAGAAAUAAUUGAUGAAGAAAUUACUGAUUUACUUGGAAAUGCUGGUAAUUAAUUUUCAGAUGCUUUGAUUGUUAAGGAAACAGUUUGGGAAGGGCCAACUAUUUAAAAUGCUACUGUUUUAACUGUAUAAAAUCAAUCUUAAUUAAGCUAGCUUUUAACUGAAGGUAGAAAAAGAAGAAAUUAAACUUCUAAUGAAUUUGGAAAGUUGUCUUCUAAGGCAACAUCAAUAUUUACUAUCGAACUUAUUCAAACUUAAGAGUUAGUAAAUGAUAGUGCUAUUGAGAAUGUUACUAUUCUCUCUAGACUUAACUUUUUUGAUUUACCAGGAAGUGAAAUUAUGCUUGAUGAUCCUGAGUCCAUAAGAGUUAGAUAAGGUUCUACUUUAAACAAAAGUAUUAUAGCAUUAACUACACUUCUUAGAGACAUGUCUUAAAACUAAUCAAAAGAUGAUUAUUUCUUAACUGAGACUUCUACUGUAACUCACAUGAUGAAGGAUGCUUUAGGAGGUAAUAGUAUAUCUAUUGGUAUUUUCUGUUUAAAAAAUGGAGAUCCUAAAGGUAGUUCUUACACUCUUAAUAUGAUGAAGAGAGUUUCAAAUAUUUAAAAUUUCAGUAUAGUUAAUGAUGGAAAGGCAAUAGGUUUGCUUAAACGUUACAGAGCCGAAGCUAUUGCAGCAUCAAGUAAUAAUAGAUUGGGAGGGUACAAUAUGCCUGGUAUUGAAGGAGAACUUGGUAAUUAGAAAUUGUAAGAUCUUGAAAGAAGAUUGAUUGAAAAAGAUUUAGACAAGAUAAGGUUAGAUGAAGAAAGGUAAAGGUUCGCUUCAAAGCUAACAGAAAUGAGAGAGAAGUACAACUAAUUAAUUAGAGAUAAAGGUGAUCUGCAAAGUGAAUUAAUUAAAAGUGAGGAAGAAAAAUUAGAAGUCAGUAAAGCACUGGUAGAGCUUCAAAUAGAAAAUACUCGUUUAAUGGAAAUUAUUUAAACUGAAAAAUAUGAAUCUAGUAAUAAAUUACUUAAUGCAGAUGGUGAACUGUUAGAAUUGAAGAUUAAAGAAGAGAAAGCUUUAGAAUAAAUAUAAAAAUUGUAAGAUAGAUUAAAGGAAGUAAUUGAUGACAAACGUGAGCUUGAAAUUGAAUUUGUUGCAUUAAAAAAAAAUUAUAUUGAAGUCAACAAGAAAUUAGAUGAUGAAAAAAUAAAAAAUUAAAAUGUAGGCAUGGAAUUAAUAAACAUGGUAAAUGAAAAUAAAGCCUUGCAUGAUGAAAUGAAUGAUAUUUAUAAGAAAUCCUCUUCAACAAAUGAUGAGAAUGCUCGCUUUAUCAAUAGGAUUGAAAAGCUAGAAAAUGAAAAUUAGGAAUAAAGAGAAGCCUUAGUAUUUGCUAAAGCAGAAAUAGAGAGGCUGAAAACAGAAAUGCUUAAGUAUGACAUUUUAGAGCAAUAGCAUAGAAUAGAUAUUGACAAUAAAAAGAUAGAAAUGGAGAAAGGCUUUUUUGAAAUUACUAGAGAAAAGUAAAAUGAAUUCAAUAAGCUAACUCAAGAAGUUGAAGGCAACUUGAUUAAGAACAAAGAUGAAAGACUUUUAUGGGAAAGUUAAAAAAUGGAACUCACUCAUAAGAACAAACUAUAAUCAAGAAAAAUUUAAGAGUUAGAAGAAAGGUUAAACGAACUCAUGAAGUUUAAUGAUGAAAUGACUGCCGAAAAUGGAAAAUUAUAGCUUCAAUUAGAUGAAAUGCGUUCGGUCUAUAGAAAUAAAUUAAUUUAAUUUACUUCUGAGUAGGCAAGAGGAGCAAAUGGAGAUAAGCCAAUCAGAAUUGGAUAUGAUAUGAAUGCUCGUGAGGAAUUAAUUAGAAGUUAUAAUGAAAAAGAAAUAUAGCUUUCUGAGCAGCUUGAAAAAGAAAAGAGACUCAAUAAGAACUUAAAAAUGGAGAUAAGAUCUCUUAAGAAUUAUGCUCGCCAGAUGAAGUAUUUAGCAGAGGAUUGGGCUCCCGUUGGUGUUCCUUUACCAGAAAUACUAAAGAAAGAUGCACCUACCUAACUUGAUGAUGAAAUGCUAGGAGGCGCUCUUGUGGCAGAUUAAAAUGUAGAAAUAGAUCGUCUUAGAAAAAGAAACAGAAAGUUAGAAGAAGAGCUAAGAAUUAUCUAAGAUUAAUUACUUAACCAAACAAACAAGAAGGCUGAUAAAGAGGUUGAUAUAUAACAAAGAUUGCUUAAUGAAAUCGAGUACAUGAAAUCGACAAAUGUAAGACCUGGCUCAAGUUCUUAAAAUAUAGAAAUUUUAAGGAAGGAAAGAAAUGAUUUAUACGAAGAAAAUAAAAAGUUAAUUGCCAUGUUAAAAGAUAAUAGAAAAUGGGAUGCAUUUAUUCUCCAAAAAGAAAAUGAAAGACUGAUGAAAUAAAUAAAAUAAUAUGAGGAUGGCUAGUCAAUAGCUCCAAUUUCUGGUGAUUCAGGAAUGCUCAAAACUAAGGUAUAAUUCAAUAGUUUCACACCUACUAAAUUUUUUUCAUUCUAAAAUAGAUUAUGCAUUACGAAAAGAUGGUUAAAUAAUUGGAAAAAGAUAAAUCUCAGCUUCUAGUUCGUGCAACUAUGGCUGAAGAAUAACUUAAAUCUCUUUAAGAGCACUUACAAAAGACUACAUUAGAAUAUUAAAAAAAAAUCAUGGACCUUAAAAAGGGUAGAGGAGACUAUUGAUAGGAAAUUAUUGGGUAUAUUAAUCUAAUUAAAUUAAAAUAUUUUUUAAUAUGUUUUAUUUUACAUAUUAGUGUGA